UUCUCAAGCAAUUCCACUUUUGCUUUUCCGGCAUUUCUUCCAUCCCUUUUCAUUCCAUGUGCUUACACACUAUACUACUGUUCCUUUUCUUGCAGAUUAGUUUACGUAAGAAUAUACAAGUUUGUUCUUCUUUUUUUCAUCGUUGCACGUUGGGAGCCAAUUAAAAGCCUUUUAUUCUUGUGCUGUUCAUGAAGAUUCAAAGCCUUUUAGAUCUUGUUUGGUCUAUCUAAGUUCUAACCUUCUGGGCUCAGUUCUUUUCUCCAAUCAUCGGGUACUAUUGCGCAUAUGUUUAUCCUUGAUUCUCGAAAUGUCUCCAUAUGCCGGAAGGUCGUCAUGCAUGAAAGUCUUUCGCGCGGCAGUGGAUAGGCUGAUGUGCCGCAACAAUUGUGGUUAGCCGUCUUAUUCUCUUUUCUUUUGUGGUUCUUAUUGCUUUGCUUCUAUCAUUCAGCUCCGAUGAUUGGAAAGCCGGGGGUCAUGACCUUGUCUGGUACUGUUAGCUCUGCGGCCGAUACUGUCAAUUUCGGAGGCUCUAAUUUUGUUCUUUUGUCUGGAUAUUCCAAUGAAAGUGUUAACAUGUUGCCUACAAUGAACUACUGAGGAUUUCUCAAAGCCUGUUAAAGAUAUGGUUGUCAGAGAGAUUGAGAAGUGCACACAAAUAAUCAAACGAACCUUGCAGAGAAGGAAACUCAGUCUGUUAACAGGGUUUCUGGUUCAGAGAAUGAAGAAGUCAGAUCAUGAUGGAGUGGAUAUUAGUCUGAGUAUGCUUGAACCAGUGGCUUCACUUUCCAUACAGGAGAGCAAAAGUGGGAAAAUUACCAAAGAUUCCAGUUCAGGGGACGGCAUGGAUGUGGAUUCUCAGCUUCGUUCCUGCUCGGGUAGAUACAUUUAUGUGUAUGAUCUUCCAAGCCGGUUCAAUGAAGACUUGCUUAAGCAUCGCAGGUCACUCAGUAAUUGGACUGUUAUGUGUCUUUUUACAUCAAACAUGGGUCUUGGUCCUCAUCUUCCCAGUUUUGGAAGGUUUAUUCAAACACCGGUUGGUUUACAACAAACCAAUUAUCUUUAGAAGUUAUCUUUCACAACAGAAUGAAACACUACGAGUGCUUGACAAAUGACUCUUCAUUGGCUACUGCAAUCUAUGUGCCAUAUUAUGCAGGCCUGGAUGUAGCUCGCUACCUUUGGUAUUCAAACACAUCAAUGAGAGAUGCUGCUUCUCAUGAGAGAGGAAGUUAUUAGGCAGAUUCCAAGAGUAAUAUAUGCCAAUCCGAGAUCAAGAUUGGAGACCCUUGAAGAUGCAUUUGAUACUACAGUUAAGGGAGUUCUGGAAAGGGUAGAGAAAAUUAGGAGGGACAUGAAAGGGGAAGACUACUAGUUAUGGUUUUGCAGAACAAUUGAGUUGGAAGUAUGAUAAAACAAAAUCAUAGGCAACCCAAUAAAGGAUUUUUGUACCAAAAUCCAAAACAUAUGAUAAAACAAAAUCAUAGGCAACCCACUAAAGGAUUCUCCAAUAAAACAAACAGGAGAGUAGGAGAACAUCCAUGUCUCUGCAUAAGAACAGUGACUAAAAUCAUAUGUUCAAACUA